AUGAUUUUAUUAUCAGGUUUGACUCUCUUCUUCAUUUCGAUUUCCAUGGAUGUACAAGUCGGUGAAGCAGCACAGCAGCCCAAGAAGGAUGUUUAUUCGGUAUGGGCGCUUCCGCCGGAAGAUGUAACAGAGAGGCUGAAGAAACUGAUGGUCGGUCUGCGAUCGGAGUUCGGAGGACCUGAGUUUGAGCCGCAUGUGACUGUUGUCGGAGCUAUCAGCUUGACGGAGGAGGAGGCGCGUGACAAACUCAAGAAGGCUUGUGAGGGUUUGAAAGCUUAUAACGCCACCGUUGAGAAGGUUGCGACGGGAACUUUCUUCUAUCAGUGUGUGUUUUUGUUGCUUCAUCCCACGACUGAGGUCAUGGAGACUGGUGCACACUGCUGGAAUCAUUUUGGCUACAAGAGUUCAACUCCUUAUAUGCCACAUUUGAGCAUCCUUUAUGCAGAUUUAACCGAAGAAGAAAAGAAAAGAGCUCAAGAGAAAGCCAAUGUUCUUGAUGAAAGUGUUAAAAGCUUGAAGUUCCCAAUAUCUCGUCUUGCUUUAUACAAAACAGAUACAGAAGACAAAACCCUAAAAUCAUGGGAGAAGGUGACUGAAAUCACUCUCCAAUGAACCUUUUAACUGUUUGCUCUUUAAUAAUCAUUUCAAAUCACAAUUCCACAAAGUUUGUAACUUGUAUAUUUGUACCAUUACUCUGAAUAAUUUCCACUUUCUUGUUCCUUAUAUUGUCAUUUUUUCUAAACAUUGUACUUCAAAAAAUCUACCC